GAUAUAUUCGGAGUUCCACUCUAUUAUAAUGUCAGAGGAUAGCGAUUUUAAAGUUUUGGAUUGCUUGCAUGUACAACUGAAGCCUGGAUGGACGAAAAAGGGAAUAACUGAAUUUCUGAAAGAAGCAGAAAAGCGAGAAGUUUUAUACACAAGAGCCCGCAAAGAUGAUAUGGAGAAAGCGAUUGCUCAGUUUAGAAGUUCUGCUUUGAACUUCAUCGCCAGACUACCGACCGAGAUCCGAAGUAAACCCUACUUUGAUUGCAUCAACCAGUAUAAUGGGGAUACAGGAGCAAAUUUACUUGACCAGUUGGUGUCUGAGGUAAAAAAGCGUAGUCGACUAGAAUGGGAAGAUUCUGUAAAGACUCGUACCGGAAAAAGACCAUGUAGAGGACAUACUACAAGUAAUUGUCAAAGUGCAAAGACAUCUCAAGCAUCCACUAAUCCACAGUUGUCACAAUGGCCGUCUAUGCCAUUUAUUUCGGAAGAUGGAGAGUUAACAAAUAUUAAUGAUGUCGGUCAAGUUCCAACUCUAAAUACUUCUCAGAUGAAAUCUGGUGGUGGAAAACGAUUACCCAUUGCUUCUACACCAAAAGUUACUGGACUUGAAGGAUUCAUCCCUCCAUCUACUACUUAUCGAGUAACUCGAUCACGUGCAAUCAAUAACCAAGGUUCAAGUACAUGUAAAAUGAAUACAACUCGGGUAACUAACACUAAUAUAACAACAGCUCAUGAUACUUUAACCACUAUGGAUAAAACUUUACGACCUAAUUCUACACAAAAAUUAUCUAAAGAAAUGAGAGAUAAAUUAUUAUCGAAGAUUGAUCGUAACAACAUACAGCUAUCGUCACCGGAAGCACAGCAUCUACGUAAUCUUAUUGUAACACUUCAAGAUGCAUUAAACCGUCAUAACCAAUCAAGAAGGAAGUGAAAAAGCAAGUCAAUGUUUGACGCAAACUUCUGUCUCUGUUUUAUAACUUUGUGCAAUCAAUAACUUGUCCAGAUUUCAUAGGUGUAAAGAAAAUAUGAUAAUUUAGUUGUAUUAAUCUUAUUAUUCUUUGUUUACUAAUGUAUAUAUGAUAAAGUCUACCUACAAUACUCAACUAAUAUGUUGUUUCGAUAUUUAC